AUGGAGGCCGUACUCCUAUUUCCAAAUGCCAUUUUGGCGGCGCCAACUAAGCUGAAGCCCGUGGAAAAAACAGCCGAUCCAAUAAUCUCGCAGAUCGGCGACUUCCGGCGUUACCAGUUGUUCUUUUUCUUCCUGAUCCUUCUGUGUAAAUUCGGCUCGGGAUGGCACACGCUGGGCCACAUCUUCCUGGCCGCUCCAACGGACAUAUCCUGCGCCACCGCCAACGUCACGGAUCCUUGCAGUGAAGAGUGCGAGGAGAUCGAGUUCGACACCAGUGUCUUCAAAUCGACCAUCAUCACCGAGUGGGAUCUCACGUGCGAGAAGAAGCAGCUGGCGAGCUUGUCCCAGUCCAUCGUGAUGUUCGGCAUCCUGGUGGGCAGCUUGCUCUUCGGCAUGGGUGCUGAUCGAUUUGGCCGACGUCCAGCUUUCCUGACCAGCUGUUUCAUGCAGCUGAUCACCGGGCUGAUCGUCUGCGUAUCGCCGUACUUCUGGUUCUACUGCCUGUUCAGAUUCCUGGUGGCUGUGGCCACGGCGGGAACGAUGACCGCCAGCUUCGUUUUGAUCAUGGAGAUCGUGGGACCCAAGAGGCGCGAACUGAUCGCCAUUUGUUACCAGCUGCCCUUCAACAUUGGCCACGCCUCCUUGGCCGUUUUCGCCUACUUUAUUCGGGAGUGGCGCUGGUUCCAGUUCAGCAUCACGAUCUUCUCGGCGGUGUUCGUGAUCUACAUUUGCCUGGUGCCGGAAUCGCCGCGCUGGCUUCUGACCACCGGAAGGGUGGACAAGUCCGUCAAGAUCCUGGAGAAGAUUGCCAAGUGCAACAAGGCGCCGGUGGACACCGUUCGUCCGGAGAUCGAGGCGGCCUACGUGACGAUAGCGGCCCGGCAGCCCGUGAAGAAGGGCACCAUGCUGGACCUCUUCCGGACGCCGUUCCUGCGGGUGAAGACCAUCUUUAUGGCCAAUAACUGGCUGGUGGCCUGCAUGGUCUACUACGGCACCGCCCAGUACGUCUCCAGGCUGGGUGGCAACAUCUUCGUCAGCAACCUGAUCGCCGCCAGCGUGGGGAUUCCCGGAACCAUCCUCUGCGUCUUCAUGACCAAGUACUUGGGCCGGAAGAAGACGCUGCUCCUCUCGAACGGAUGCAGUGCCGUUGGGCUGCUCCUCCUCGCCUGCCUCUCGAGCCAAGGAGACAUAUUCCGGAUAUCCUGCGCCGCCAUCGGGCUCUUCGGAGCGUCGGUCACGUUCCCGAACGUCUAUCUGUACGGCGCGGAGCUCUUCCCCACGGUGGUGCGCUCCAACGGAGUGGGUCUCUGCUCGACGAUCGGACGGAUCGGCUCCAUUGUGGCGCCGCUGAUCUGCGACCUGGACACCUAUGGCAUCUGGAUAGCGCCGCUCAUCUUCGGCAUAUUCUGCAUGCUGUCCAUGCUCGGCACCAUCUUCAUUCCGGAGACUCGAGGACUUCCGCUGCCGGAAACCCUGGAAGACGGCGAGAGUUUCGGUCGCAAGAAGAAGGAGCAGGCUUAAAGCUUUUCGCGCAGUGUAGCAAAUUGCAGGCGAGAAUUUAACAUUUUCGGAGCCCAGUUGAACCUCUAGUGUCUGGGCUCUGAAAUUAUUAAAUUUCGACUUAAGCUGCGAUUUAUACGAUGCGAUAUGUCAGUCACCGCCGAAACUGCCGUUCGUGCCGCAAAACAAGAGGCGAGUGAAGAAGGAAAAAAAUUGAAAAAUCUAGCGAAUGCAAAAGGUAAUUACCGCGGAGUAACUUCCACUUCGUGAUUAUUUAAACUGGGUUAGCAGUCUGAAUCCAGCUCCACUGCUGCUGCUGCUGCUGCUGCUGCUGCUGUUCUCCAACUGCCUUAAUGUCGAGGUGCAAAGCAGCCAAGUAACGAAACGCUCGAAAGUCCAAGCCAAGCGACUGGGAAUGCAAACUUCGCAUGUGAACCCAAUCGAUACGAGCCGAAAAAGGAACUUGGGAACUAAUUCUCUUAGCCAAUUUAAAUCUCUAAUGUAAUCUGUAGCCGUAAGCGAGGCUUGUAGUCUGGAAAGAAGCACAUCAUCAACGCCUUGGAACAACAUUGUCUACUAGUACUUGUAAUUUAUAAUAAACAUCGAGUAAUCAUUUCCCCAUAAUGUAGUUUAAAGUAAUUUAAAAACGAAUAAAUCGCGUUUUAGCAUUUCAUUUAAUAACCC